AUGUCAAAUAACCCAAAUGAGAGUCUGCUUUCCAAUUAUCCUCCUCAAGCACAAUCUCUGCAAUAAAACAUCUCAAGUGACAGUCAGAUCGGAUAAAAUUAACAAGCAUAAGAUGCUCCUAUCUAGUCUUGCAAAGAUAUAUAUCCUAAUUACGUUGACUUAAAUUAAGCAAAAAUUGAAGUCGAGAGAUGCUUAGCAGAUGAGUUUGAUUUCACAAUAGAAGGAAUCCAUAUCAUAAAAAACCAGAGUAGAAUCCUUUUAAAUGGAGUAACUAAUGAUAAAGAUAAGGUAAGAUAUUGCUAGCUCAGAGACUUAAAAACCUUUGAAAAAAUUAAGCAAAAAAAAAUAAAUGAAAAUUUGCAAGUUUUAAUAUCAUAAAAUUCUUAAAGAGUUAAUAAUAUAUUUAAUAUUUCACCUUGCGGAAAAUACAUGCUCUUAAGUAUUAGUCCAAUUGAAUCAAAUGAUCCUAGUUUUUUUAUAAAAAUAUACUUAAUUGAUGAUUACUUAAAUGACGAAAAGCCCAUCGUCAUUAUUUAAAAUUAAUUUUUCUUUGGAACUUUUAGAAAUGUGAUGCUUGGUCCUAAGGAUCAUAUUAUUUUUUGCCAAUAAAUACCAAAAAUUGAGGUCAAUGAUUAUAUUUAAGAGGUAAAUUAAAAGGAUUAUAAAAGCCUAGUUAUCUUGAAAUGCAAUUAUACUAACCCCAUAUCAGAACCAGCCAAGGUAAAUCUCGAAGAUUGGCUAGAUGAAGUUCCAAUAAGAAUAGGCGAAAAUCAAAUAAAACAUAUAUCAUCUGAUGGAAUUUGUAAAUGUUUUCUUGGAUAUCCUGAGCUUGAACUAUCUGAUUUCUAUAUAGAUAAGUUUAUAUUUGCAACUUAUGAUAAGUCUAGAACUUUAGUUAUUGAACUUGAAACUCUCAAUAUUAAAUAUGAUCUUGAUCAUUUAAUAUAUUUUAGUCAAGACACAGAAUAUUUUGGUAUUGAUUAUCACUUCAAUAUCUUCCAAAUUGCUCACUUAUUAUCUGGGAAAACUGAGAAAAUAGGUUAACUUAUUCCUCCCGAAGGUUUUGCGUUUGACAGCAAAAAGCCUGUUGUCACAAAUUAUUCACUAAUCAUAAAUUCUAAAAAUACAAUUAACCUGAAAACUGUAGUUUUAGUCUAUGAUAAGUUUAGAUUGAACCUCAUAAACUAAUACACAUUACAAGAAGCUACUUAAGAGCAAAACCCAUUCAUUUAUUAUCACAAUGGACUUUUAUAUUACUUGAAUAGCAAAAAGAAAAAUUUAUUAGAAAUUAAACUUUAUAACUCUAGGUAUGACUAAGAGGACAAUAAUGUUUAUUAAAAACAAGAAAAUUUAAAAGCUGAUGAUUCUCUAUAAGUUUAUACUUGGAAUAGCAUAAAUCAUGUUUAUGAUAUUAAUAUGUAAAGUGUCAUUAGCACUCUUCCAUAAGAAAUUAAACAUAAUUUCGUAACAUUUUUGAAAUUGAAAAAUUUAUAUUACUUAGCAUAAAACUUUUCUUCAACUAAACUUUAUCUAAUUUAUCAAGAUUAAUCAAAAGGUAUUCAGGAAAUUGAAUUCUAAUAAGAAGGACUAUAUUAUAAAUGUGAUAUCCAUGAAAUUAUAUCAAUAUCAGAUAAAGAAAUUCAAAUACUUGGAUUUUCUGAUAAAAAAUUUGAAAUUCUUCAAAUAAAUCUAAUUGAUCAUAAAGCUGAAAUAAUAUAGCUAGAUGAUACUCUUAGAAAUCAUUCAAAAAAGGUAUUCAAGAAUAAAUCAUGA